GGAGAGAGAGAGCAGCAGCAGCAGCAGAGAUGGUGUGAAGGCUGUUGAGUCUGCGCGCGCUUCACCUUCACCCCCACCACCACUACAACCAGCCAGGGCUCCACGCGCACCUAGAAGGCACCACCAAAAAGCGCCUCGAUGAGCUUCUGCAAUGGACUGUACGAUUAAGGAAGCUCUGUCGGUGGUGAGUGAGGACCAGUCCAUAUUUGAGCCAGCAUUUGGCAGCGCCCAGGCCAUGCACAUGAAGGGUGAAAUCACGUCCCCUCCGCAGGCCGUUUACAGGCAGGGCUCAGAGGAGAGCUCCGAGUCCACCGAGCCCGACUGGACAGCGACAUCAGCACCAAACUCGGCCAAAAGAGUCGAGCACGUCAACGGAGCCAGUCGAGAGUCUCCAGUGGAAUGCAGUGGGGCUAAACGGAGCCGCCACAUCAGCAGCAGUGAUGGAAGCCAGCUGGGAUAUCAGGCCUCAUACCCGGAGCCUCGGACCAGCCCACAGGCCCCCACACCCCCCAGCAGCAACACGGACGAGAAGCGGGUCAUCGUCCCAGCAGAUCCUGAGGUGUGGACGCAGGACCAUGUGCGGCAGUGGGUGGAGUGGGCGAUAAAGGAGUAUAGCUUGGUCGAGGUGGACGUGUCCCUUUUCCUCACGCUGGACGGCAAAGCUCUCUGCAAGAUGAAUAAAGAAGACAUGAUGAGGCUAACGUCUGCCUACAACACCGACAUCCUCCUCUCACAUCUCAACUACCUCCGCCAAAGCAGCCCCACCUUCUCCUACCCCCCCACCCCCACCAACACACAGCCACAGCCCAGAAUACAGGUCAAAGCUGAAAACAGCUUCGAAGAGAUCAGCAGAAGGAACAGUUGGUCUGCAGGAGCCAUGCCUGCAGCUCCCAAAGGUUCUCCAGUGGAGCCGCAGCACAACACCAGCAGGAUUGCAGAAGCUCCGACGAGACCCGCUCAAGACCCCUACCAAGCAUUAGGCCCAAUCAGCAGCCGCCUGGCCAACCCAGGCUCUGGCCAGAUCCAGCUGUGGCAGUUCCUGCUCGAGCUGCUCUCGGACAGCAACAACUCAGGCAUCAUCACGUGGGAGGGAACCAACGGAGAGUUUAAAAUGACUGACCCGGACGAGGUGGCGAAGCGCUGGGGUGAGAGGAAGAGCAAACCCAACAUGAACUACGACAAGCUGAGCAGAGCACUGCGCUACUACUACGACAAAAACAUCAUGACCAAAGUGCACGGCAAGCGCUACGCCUACAAGUUUGACUUCCAGGGCAUCUCCCAGACACACCAGAGCCAUCCACCAGAGGGCACUGUGCUCAAGUACCAGACAGAUGUGCCGUACGUACAGGGUUACCACAGCCACCAGCCUAAGGUGAACUUCAUGAGCCCUCACUCCACCCCCAUGCCUGUCUCUUCGGGCAACUAUUUCGGCCCUCCCUCCACCUACUGGAACUCAACCACCGGAGUGGUGUACCCCAGCUCCCCGAUGCCGCGACAUCCGGGGACGCACUCGCAUUUGAACUCCUACUACUAACAAACAAAGCAUCAUUAGACUAUCCUCCACUGAGGAUUCUUACUAAGAGAUCCACAGAGUUUAUUAAGCUGCGUUCACAUUACAGGUUUCCGAGUUUUUAAGAGCUGUGUGAACACCAGGGUUUCAAUCCAUGGCACUGAAUUAGAAAGAGUAAAAAGAAGCAGUUGAAUCGUCAUGUUUGCUCUAGUGCCACCUAGUGCCCAGGUGAGACUGCAGUGUUAAAAGGCCUCUGCCCUGCUGCAUGUGCACAAACUAAUCAGUAACAUUAUGUGAAUGAUUUACAUGCAUCACCUUCAACAACCAAGAACCAAGUCUUCAAUAAGGAUACGUGUGCAGUGAAAAAACCCACGACUUCUGAUCUGAUUUAUUACAGAUCAGACUUAUUACAGCCGACAUUAUCACAAACUGAGCACAUCUCUUAUCUAGAACCACAUAUGAAAGUGACUUGGAUCUGCUCACAUAGUUCACAAAAAAAUUUGAUUUGCGAAGUUUCAACUUGGUAACGUGAAUGUAGCCUUAGUCUGCGUUCACAUUAAAAGCUUCAGUGCUCAAUUCAGAUUUUUCUUCAUCAGAUCUUUUUGCCUAUUCACAUUUAAAGCGAACUCAUGAACACUCCUGCGCCCUGAAAGCACAUCCUAGCAUCAACUUAAAACACAUGAGGAUCCAAAAGUGGCUCAAAUCUGAUUCAAAAGAUUAGGUUUUUGUGUUCACACUGCUCUUAAAUUAGAUGCGUAUCACAUUCAUGCAAAGAAUCAGAUUUGACCCCUGUAGUGAACGCAGCCUUAGAUCUCACCUGAUGAUCAGUUUGUGGCACCAAGGAUGAAACCGAAAGGAGAUAAAACCUAACAAAAGGACUUUUAGUGAGAAGUUGUGGUGUUCAGUUCUUCUAAAAAAACAAAACAAAAAAACAAAAAAAAACAAAAAUGUUCAUAUUGCUUGUAGCAGUCACAGCCAAAUUCUCCAUCCACAUUAAAUUUGUACAGCAUUUGCAUACUCAAGUGUAAAUAUUUGUGUUUUGGCCUAUUUGUGUUUUGGCCUUUGUAUAAAAAGGGCUUUAAAAACAACAUAUUACCCAUUUAAGAUAUUUCCCUGUAUUAUUGCUUUUUUUUUUUUAAAUGCAAAUGGCUUUGUACAGACUUUUAUGACAAAUAGCCUCACACGUAUGUAUCAUUUUUUAAACCAAUAAACAUGUAUCUCACUGUCAGUU